GGCAGCCGGUGGGAGGCGAGCACCCCGUACCGCAACCCCCGGCGCCUCUACCGGCUGCCCGGGCCAGGCGCGCCUGCGCGCCUCAGAGGCGGUGCGCGCGGAGGCCUCCAGCCUUCCCGGCGUGCCCCGCGCCCACCAUAGAGCGCAGGGCCGGCCCUGCUGCUCUCUUGCUGUCUGUUCCAGCGCUCCGCUCCGCACCGCGCCGUGUGUGGGUGGGGGGGCGGCGCGGCCGCGGCGACAUGGCGGGCGUGGGGCAGGCGGGGAGUGCCGCCGAGGCGGAGCAGCACCUCAACGGCGAACUGCCGCCGGAACCUGAGGACAAGGACGGCGCGGAGGGCGGCGCGGCGGGGCUCGGCGCGGAGGAUGGUGCCAAGAAGAAGCGCAAGAAGAAGAAGAAGGGCAAAGCGGGCCCCGCGGGACAAGAAACAGAUAAAGAAAUGGAAGGUGCUCUUGAUGAUGUAGCAAAACAAUUGGAUAAGCAAGCACUGGAGGAGAAAGAAAAAGAUGAUGAUGAUGAAGAUGGAGAGGGUGAAGGAGAUGGAGCAACAGGGAAAAAGAAGAAGAAGAAGAAAAAGAAGAAAGGACCUAAGGUGCAGACAGAUCCACCUUCUAUUCCAAUAUGUGAUCUAUUUCCCAGCAACGUAUUCCCGAAGGGAGAAGAAUGUGAAUACCCACCAACGCAAGAUGGGCGAACUGCUGCUUGGAGAAUAACUAGUGAAGAAAAGAAAGCUCUAGACCAAGCCAGUGAGGAAAUCUGGAAUGAUUUUCGGGAGGCUGCGGAAGCACACAGACAAGUGAGGAAAUACGUUAUGAGCUGGAUAAAACCUGGAAUGACAAUGAUAGAAAUCUGUGAAAAACUAGAAGACUGCUCACGUAAGCUGAUAAAGGAAAAUGGUUUAAAUGCAGGUCUUGCAUUUCCUACUGGGUGCUCUCUGAAUAAUUGUGCUGCCCACUACACUCCCAAUGCUGGUGAUCCAACAGUCCUGCAGUAUGAUGAUAUUUGCAAAAUAGAUUUUGGAACACAUAUUAGUGGUCGUAUUAUUGACUGUGCUUUUACAGUCACAUUCAAUCCAAAAUAUGACAGACUAUUAGAAGCUGUAAAGGAUGCCACAAAUACUGGAAUAAAGUGUGCUGGAAUAGAUGUACGCCUCUGUGAUGUGGGGGAGGCCAUACAAGAAGUUAUGGAGUCUUAUGAGGUAGAAAUUGAUGGCAAAACAUACCAAGUGAAACCAAUUCGGAAUUUGAAUGGACACUCAAUUGGGCCAUAUAGGAUACAUGCUGGAAAAACGGUGCCCAUUGUGAAAGGAGGAGAAGCCACAAGAAUGGAGGAAGGUGAAGUGUAUGCUAUAGAAACCUUUGGUAGCACGGGAAAAGGUGUUGUUCAUGACGAUAUGGAGUGUUCUCAUUAUAUGAAGAACUUUGAUGUUGGGCAUGUGCCAAUAAGGCUUCCAAGAGCAAAACACUUGCUAAACGUUAUCAAUGAAAACUUUGGUACUCUUGCCUUCUGCCGCAGAUGGCUUGACCGUCUAGGGGAGAGUAAAUACCUAAUGGCAUUGAAGAACCUGUGCGACUUGGGAAUAGUGGAUCCCUAUCCUCCCCUCUGCGACAUCAAAGGCUCAUACACAGCACAGUUUGAGCAUACUAUACUGCUGCGCCCAACGUGCAAGGAGGUUGUCAGCAGAGGAGACGACUACUAACCUCAAAGCCACCUCAGCACCUUUAUACUCUAGGCUUUGUUGGAACAUACUAUACCAGAAUUAAUUUGCAACAUAUUGUCUGUUUUAACAGUGGACUGAUGUAAUACUUUCCAUAUUUGGAAAGGAAAGAAUUUAAUCAAAGGCAAGUCCUCUAAUGUAACUAACCAAGGAAAAAGCUUCCAGGCCUUUAGAAAUAUUUCAAAAGUUACUUAUUUUUUCUGUUCAGGGAAACACGUGCUAUAAAGUUCAAUUUUUAGUUUGGAAUGAGUUAUACAUUUUGUUUUGAACAUUUAUGAGAAAAGAUGCUUUUCAAAUAUUUAUAUUACCAUAUUCCUACUUGAAUGCUUUGAAUGACUACACCUGAUUUCUGCACCCAGGUCCUCUAUGAUAUUGCCUUUUAAACUUCCUGGAAUCCAUUUUGUAAAAAAUAAAGACAAAUUUUCAGAUCUAAAAAAAAAUAUAUAUACUUUUUAGAAGUCUGGUUAUGAUUCUGGUCAGGAGUCUGCUGGGAAACUGCUCUAUUAAAUAUUUUACAAACUUGA